AUGAUCGUUGCCCUGCGCCUCUACACCCGGGUGUUCAUAACGCGCAAUUUUUGGCUGGACGAUGCCGCCAUAGCCCUUACUCAGUUCUUUAUCGCGCUCGCGACGUGCAAGAUAUCCAUCUGCUUAUUCCUGCUACGCCUCUCCCAUUUCAACAGACUGAAGCACAUUCUCUACGGCCUAAUCGGCUUCCUCGUAGUCACCCAUCUCACCCUCUUCUUCCUGACCGUCUUCCAAUGCAGCCCUGUGGACAAAGUUUUGAACCCGGCCGAUCCAGGAAAUUGUUUCUCAGAGCAGAUGGUCAUGAACAUACUCAUCGCCCAACGCGUCUUCUCCUUCAUCACAGACUUCAUCUGCGCCGCCUUCCCAAUCGUCCUACUGCGGAACCUCAAGAUCAAGAAGCAGAGCAAGAUCGCUCUGUGCUGUUUAAUGGGGCUCGGGAUCAUCACCGGAGGCAUUGCUAUCGUUAGGACAGCUACCGCUUGGCAGAUCAAGUCCGAAGACUUGUCUUGGGUCGGGGUACCUAAUGCCAUGACGAGAAUCUUCGAGGUCAACAUCGGAAACAUCGCUGCCUGCGUACCGAGAUUGAAAACAUUCAGCCGGUACGUGCACGCGCGUAUCACGGGGCGAGAUCCGCAUGAGAUGCUGCGUCGCAAAGCGAGCCCUUCCUCUUCGCAUCCCAAUUGGUACUCGAAGCGAUUCUGGUUACGGCGUCCUAGUCCUGCGUAUACCAAAUCGGAGCGAGAGCUGCGGCAAGUGCCAGCAGAGGCGAGAAGGGCGCUACCGUGUGUAGCUUAG